UCCGCCUCACAUGGAGCUGAGCGGCUCGACACAGCUGUUUCACUGAAAAUGGAUGCCAACAUUGUUGUAAUGGGGACAGAGAGUGUCGGAAAAUCAGCGCUUACUGUGCGCCUCUUAACUCGCAGAUUCAUUGGAGAGUAUGGAGAUAUUGAGUCCAUCUAUAGUCACAGUUUUAUGGUAGAUGGGAGGGAAAUCACUCUUAAUAUUUGGGAUCCCCCUUAUUCUGAGGAUUCGUCUGUGGAGAUGUCACACUUGGAGAAGAAGGUCCAGUGGGCCGACGGCUACGUUCUCGUCUACAGCAUCUGUGACAGGGCCAGUUUCAACACCGUCAGCAGGCUUAUUCAGAUAAUCAAGUCCACCAGAGACUUCCUGAACGCAGACAAAGCACCCAUAGUAAUUGUGGGUAACAAGAGGGACCUGCACCACAGACGGACAGUGCUGAGCGAGGAGGGCCGCCUCCUGGCUCUCAACACAGACUGUCACUUCUACGAGGUGUCAGCAGCCGAGAACUACCACAGCGUGCUCAUGGUGUUUCAAGGGCUGGUGGGCAGGAUGAAGGAUGCCAAGGUGACCAUGAAGAGGCCUCUGGGGUUCAAGGGGAUAGUGAAAAGCAUGUCUGCAGUAUUUGCCAGAAAAAGGACCGACUCUUUUUAGAAAAACGGUGACAAAAGAGGAAGGAGUUAUCUUUUAAUCUACAUAAGAGAUGUGUAUUCCACUGAAGUCACAUCGUCGUGGUGCCAAAGAUAUGAAGUCGUUCCCACUGCAGAGGUGCUGACACUGCAGAGAUGGGAGCUGCUUUUCAGAAAAAAGCGUGGAAAAGACUUCAGAGAAGAUCUAAAGCUAUUAAGCCUCAGAAGACACAACGACAGAACAGUGUCAGAGAGGUUAUGGAUGUGUCAAGAUGAUAACUGCACUUCAAGCAAGCUACCUUUUGACUGAUAAAAACACAUUAAAUAGUCGUUUUACAGACACUUGACAUGUUAAAUGAGGUGAUGUUUUGCUAGCUGUGGCCUCAGAUUGGAAGACAUGCUAGGCACAAAUGAAAUGUGCCUUUAUGUAUGAUGCAUAUGCCAAAGAUAAUAAAGUGUAAAGACUGACUCUUCAAACCACAAGUUACAUUAUUGAAAUGUGGGCAAAAGUUAAUUCAACAUUAUCCUGCUCAAUCCUGC